AGAUGAUAAGAUGUAAACACGAAUCGAGACGUUUGAAAAUAGUUAGCCAAAAUUGAAUGUGACACUUCAUGAAUUCCGUAAUAACUAUCCCAGGCCAUAUUACCAACUUUCUGUAAGAACUCAUAGCAGCAGACUUCAAGGAAAAAUGGACUGACAGUAUUAGCUAUGUGCUAUCAAAGAGAAGUUGGUGAAGAUUUUACUCUGGUAAUGUUCUCAAGUUGUAAUUAAAAAAAAUAUGUAUAGUAUCCUGGUUUGGUUCAUUACACUCAAAGUUUUAUAGUAAAUGAAGGAUUUAAAUGUUAAAACUGUUUUAGCUAGAUAAAGUUGAAAAUUUUUAACUCACUAACCAUGGAGGGGUCAGCUGUGUGUGACGGCUCAUCAGGAGGCAGUUUGAGUGGUAAUACCAGCAAUUCAAAAAUCAUUGUUAAAGCUGCUAUGUCAAGUCAUGGAGACAAUUUGAUGUCAAAAAGGAAUGAAUAUGCAGAUGAAAAAUGCUCUAAACUCUCAUGGUCUGGUAAACAAGAUAAAGUGAAAGGGACAGAUAAGGACAAUAGUUUACUAGUGCCAAAGAAUAUUCCUGAAAGUUCAGGUUCAGGUGGAACAAAAUCUUGUGGAGCUGUUUAUGUGGUACAAGAUGGAAUGCUGGUGCAACUCCCCUCUGGAAGUUUAGGAGCUUCACGUUAUCAAGAAAAAAGAUCUUCAGUAAGAAUUGUGAAAGAACCAAAGGUGGAAUCAUCCCUUCAGAAUAACAAAGAAAAGGUUGUCUUUUCACCAGGGAAAUGGUCCACUGGAAAUCAAGCUGGUAAACGUACAGCAAUCUAUACACCAGGCAACGUAAGAACAGUUUCUGUUGGGGAGAAAACGAACAAAGAUUCUUCAAGGUUAGAAUUUAUUGUUUAUGAAAAUGCUGAAAAUAACCUUGGUGAAGGGCUUCGUACAGCAGGCAAAAGACUGUCUGCAGAUCGUCGUCAAGGUCCUAAAAGGAAACGAGUCAGAAUUUCGGCAUCUAGUGACACAGUUACAAACAGAGUUGUUACAGUUAAAAACAGUUCCUCUGGUGGAAAAGACUCAGAAAAAAUAGGAAACAAAAUUUGCAGAAUUAAGGUUGAACCCCCACAGCUCAGUGAGAAUCUUAGUCCUUCAGGACAUGAGGAUUUGACAGCAGAAGUGUCAAUAGAUAGUGGGAUCUGUAAAAGUGAACCAGUGAUAGAAGGUUGGCAAGAACUGGAAGAAGGUGAUUCAGAUGAUACUGCAUUGUUUGGUCAUAAGAGUAUAGUGAUAAGUGUCCAGGAUGGUUUAUCUGUUAAGAGUUCGGGUGAAGGGGAUACUAUUGUGGAGAAAGACCACACAUCUCAGUCUCAUAAAGGAUCCAGUAGUGUUAGUGGUGAUACAUCACACAAGUCUCAGAUCCUUAGGAAGGUUGAUCCUAAGAAAGGACUCUUCUUUCAGUGUGAAAACUGUGGAUAUUCAUCAAAAUAUAGAACUUCAGUGAAGCGUCAUAAGGAACAUUGUGGUAUUGAAAGCUCGUGCACUAAAAGGAGCUGUAUUUUUCCCAAUUGCCAAGUAAAAUUUUAUCAUGUGUCCCAGAUGAUAAGACAUAUGGAGGUGAUGCAUUCUGCUUGCAUUGGAGUGAAGAACUUGAAGUUUGCUUCGGUGGAGGAGUUUCAUGCUUGGAAGGAAAAAGAAGAAAUAGCACAUUUUACUUACUUUACAAAGCAUCGUGGGGAUUGCCAAACAAAAAAUGGCUUGUAUUCUAUUUAUAUAUGCCAGAAUGACGGAUCAAAUAAAUCUCACAGGAGAAAAGAUGAACCUCCAAGGUUGACUGGUAAGAGAUACAAGAAGGGCACCAUAAAGACUGGAUCUACUUGCCCUUCUCGCAUGUUUGUCACAAAGUAUCAGGGUGAAGUAACUGUCAAGUAUUUCUAUUCUCAUAAUCAUGAACUGAAAUUUGAGAAUACCCAGUUCCAUCCAAUAGCACCUAAAAGUUUAGAUUACAUUAAGAGUCGUUUUUCAGUUGGUGCAUCUCCAAAACAAGUUCAGGAUGAACUUAGAAACAAGGCUGUUUUUCGGGGAAAGGUUGGAGAUGAGGUUGUGAAAGGACAGUUAAUAUCUCUUCGCACUCUAAACGCUAUUAAACAUGACUACCUUUCUUCUUUUAGGUUGGACAAAGAUGAUGCUAAUUCAGUAUUCCUGUUGGUCAAAGAAUGGGAGAAGAAAGAUUUCAAUCCUGUCUUGCUCUAUAAGCCUCAGUACUGUACUAUUGUAAUUGGGAAUUGUAACAAAUACUUUCCUUCACAGUCAGAUAUAUUUUUCAUUGCAUUACAGACAGAGACACAGUUUAAGUGUUUGAAUUCUGCCAAAAACUGCUUUCUUUGUAUUGACACAACAUAUUUUAGUGGGAGACAUGGGUUUUAUUUACUUUCACUCAUUAUUCAUGAUGCCCAUAGGAAAGGUGUGCCUGUUGCUCAUUUUAUCAGUAACUGCAGGACUGAAGAAAUACUUAGGUAUUUCUUCUCCAGUGUAAAAGAGCGCUGUCCUAGCCUCUCUGUUCAUGGUGUCAUGACUGAUGCAGACUUCAGUGGAUGGGAAGCAUUUCUUGCAGUCUUUGGUUAUGUCAGUGUGCAUGUUGUGUGUCAGUGGCAUAUAAAGAGGACUUGGAAAAAGAAAGUUGACAGCAUGGUAGACAGUGAUUCCCAAAAGGAAGUGAUGAAUAACCUCACUGCUCUGAUGCAGGAGAGAGAUGAGCAGAAUUUGAGUAAACUCAUGGAAAAUUUCAAAUUGAAGUAUGAAAACAUCCACCCAAAAUUUGUGGAAUAUUUCCAGUCAAAUAUUGUUAGUCAGCCAGAAUUAUGGGCACUGUGUCUUAGAGACUUGUCCAGUUGUAAUUCUGUUGCUGAUAUGUACUGCAAAGCAUUUCAUGGUACAUUGGAAGUCUUCUUUACCAAGACAAAACCCAAGAAGAGGAUUGAUGAUUUGUUGUUACUUCUUCUGAGGAUUGAAGGAACAGACACUGAACAGAGACUGAGCCAUGAGGAAUCAAGUCAUAAUGCAAAGAACACUGUUCCUCAAAUUGGAAAUCAUGCCAAAAGUCUGGACAUUGCAGAUGCAGAUGUUUCAGAGUCAGAUGGCAGAUGGCAAGUUGUUUGCCAGGAUGAUCGAAGUAAAUUCUUUCAAGUCACUAAACUCAGAGAUGAGUGUUUGGAAGCUUUCUGUAGUGCUGAGUGUCAAGACCUUCCUUGCGGAAACUUAUGUUCACAUAUGUAUAAGUGUUCAUGUGAAGAUAGUUCGUGUUUGUGUGAACACAUUCAUAAAGUUCACUCUGGUAAAAGCAACAUAAUCAUCAUUUGCUCAGUUGAUUCACAUUCUAUUGUUGUUCCUGGAGAGAAGCAGGAAGUAGUUUUAUAUGAAGAUCCUUUAGAAAUUAAAGUGAAGCAGGAAAAGUCCUUAUUAAAUGCUGCGUACAAUAACCUUGGCCAGUUGAACUCGUAUAUUAGUCAUCCAAAUGUCCAGGAAGAACUUUUGCCACAGAUAGUUGAAACUCUUGAACAAUUAGUAAUGAAGUGCCGUGAAGUGAGUCGCAGUUUAGAUGCUCCAUGAUUUAAAGAAAUAUUUUAAUUUAAUGAGAGAUAAUUUUCAGAAACCUGAUAUGCAACCACAGCUUGUGUGACCUAGUCAGGAGUCAAUAUGAGGCCCAAGUGAUGUGUUUACAAAAAUGGCAAAGUAUUUUAUUUUCAAUUCUGGAGAACCAUGGCAGUCCUUGAUUAAGAAUGAUGUUAUUGUCAUGAUAAACUUGGUUCCUUACCAUAAGCACCCAUUUUUAUUUAUGCUUAAAUUGAUCAAGUAUUGGAACUGUCAGAGGAAUUUAACUGCUUGUAGCUUUGCAGGUACUUUUGUCUUGAUGAGGCUUUGUAUUGUGAGAUUAUGCCUGAACCAUGUCAACUGAUAUGCAGCAUUGAUUUUGACGUGUGUGUGUGUGUGUAUGUAUAUUUUUAAUUAUUUGUUGAGUGACUUGGCAUUUGAAUGCUCUUAGUAAAUGGGGAAUACUAAAGGCCAUUUAUAGUUUGUGCAUAAUAUUUAAAUAUGCAGCAUGUACUUGUGUCCACUGUAAGUGCUGCUGUAAACAUAUUCAAGUAGAAAUUUUACAAAAAUAAAUUUACAUAAGUAGGGUAAUUCCAGAUUAGUUCAAGUCUAUACUAUCCAUAUGGCAUAAAAGCAAGUAUAUUGUCAACUUUUCUAUAUAGAUUACUCCUGUUUUUUUUGUUUUUUUUUUGCAAAACAUAUGAAAUUGUUUUAGUCCUGCAUCCUGCUUUAUGAAGGAAAUUAAGCUAUUGAAAUUUAUAGUGAUGUGUACUCUGUGGGUAUAGUAAAAGUAAAGUAAAAAAACUAAAAACAAUUCUCUUAACAUUGCAUACCAAGUACUUAUAGGUAUUUUAAAGAAUAUUUGGCUUGGAGGUAGAGUGGCCUUUGAUAAAAUGGUUCCUCAUUGUGAGUCCCAAAGACAGACUCCCACCGAAACAAUAUUACCAGCCAUUGAGACCAGAUUGUGGUCCUUGGCAAAAUUGUUAAAGACUUUGAAAAUAGAAAAUAAAGGACAUAUCAAA